UAUAUGUUUGUUCGUUAGUGUGCUCAUAUGUAGAACAGCCAGCAGAGCUCCACCUUGCAUUGGAUCACCUGCCCAGGCCAGUUCAUCUCUCUGCUAUCGCCACACCAGCUAGCUAGCUAGCUAGUAGCUACCUAACCUAUGUGUAGCUUGUGAUCGAUCGAUCAGUGCAGACAACACUCCAAGCCGCUUAUUAGCAGCCACCCUACCUAGCUAAUAAUUCAAUUCCCAACCAGGCCUCUGCCAUCUCGUCGACGGCGGCAAUGAUGAAUGACGACGACGACUCCAACCCGCCGUUGAUGGCCACGUACAAGCAUCUCUUGGACAGCCACCCGCGCCGACUGGAUGCCGAUGACCGGACGACGACGACGGACGACGAUCACAGCCGCAGGUGCGUCCUCCCGGUGAUCGACCUGCAGCACGGCGAGGACCAGUGCCUCGAGGCCAUCGUGCGCGCGGCGUCGGAGUGGGGAUUCUUCCAGGUGACCAACCACGGCGUGCCGCAGGCGCUGCUGGACGAGCUGCAUGAGGCGCAGGUGGCCGUGUUCCGGCGGCCCUUCCAGCGCAAGGUGCGCGAGCCGCUGCUGGACUUCUCGCCGGAGAGCUACCGCUGGGGCACGCCGGCGGCGAUGCGCCUGGAGCAGCUGUCGUGGUCGGAGGCCUACCACCUCCCCAUGACCACGUGCACGCCGCCGGCCACCUCCUCCGGUGACAAGACCAGGCUAGUGAUCGAGGAGGUGUCCACGGCGAUGUCGGAGCUGGCGCAGCAGCUUGCGGGGAUCCUCGUCGCGGACCUGCGCGGCGACGAGGAGGACGUGGUGUCGAGGUGCACGCGGAGCACGUGCUUCCUGCGGCUGAACCGGUACCCGCCGUGCGGCGCGGCGAGCGGCGCCUUCGGGCUGUGCCCGCACACGGACAGCGACUUCCUGACCAUCCUGCACCAGGACGGCGUGGGCGGCCUGCAGCUGCGCAAGGGCGGGCGGUGGCUCGCCGUGGAACCCAACCCCGGCGCGCUGAUCGUGAACGUGGGCGACCUCCUGCAGGCGUGGAGCAACGACCGCUACCGGAGCGUGGAGCACCGGGUCAUGGCGAGCGCGGCGAGCGAGAGGUUCUCCGUUGCAUUCUUCCUCUGCCCCGCCUACGACACGCUCAUCCGCCCGCGCAGCAGCACUGCCGGCGGCGGCGAUCGGCCACCUCGCUACAAGAGCUUCACCUUCGGCGAGUACCGGAACCAGAUCAGGGAGGACGUCAGGCUCACGGGCCGAAAGCUCGGCCUGCGACGCUUCCGGAUCCAAGGCGGCGGCGGCCCACUGUGACAUCACAUCCUGCAAAAGAGCCCAAAAGCUCUUUAUCUUUAUACAGAUGGAGUAGACCUGACCUGACAUGACAUGACAUAAGUACGGCCCAGCAGCCUAACUGGGCCUCCACAAAAAUAUACUGGUAGAU